CCCCAGACCACAACCCACGAUGUCCUCUAUGCCAGACUUCACAGACAAGGCAGCGGCAUCCCUCAACGCUGCCAUCCAGCUUGCAAAGGAUCAUGCUCACCCGCAGGUCCAGCCAGCCCACCUGGCGCUCGCCCUCUUGACCGACGAUGCGGCAGCAUCCUCAAAGCGACCAGGAACCCCAUCUACCUCAGCAUCGCCCACCGACUCGCUCUUCAGAAGCGUGCUUACAAAGGCAGGAGUCGACGUCAAUAAGUUCGAACAGUCUCUGCGAGCUGCUCUGCGCAAGACACCACAGCAAAACCCACCACCAGACGACGUCAGCCUGAGCGGGGCAGCGGCCAAAAUUCUUCGAUCAGCAGAGAGCCACAAGUCUCAGCAGCACGACUCCUUUGUCGCUCAAGACCACCUUCUACUCGCUCUCCUUGACGAUUCGACCAUCGAGACCCAGCUCAAGUCUGCCGGCCUCGCAAACAAGCAGCUCCUCAAGACAGCCAUCUCAAGCUCGCGCGGAGCUCGGCGCAUCGACACGCGAAACGCAGAGCAGGGAUUCGACGCACUCAACAAGUACUGCGUCGAUCUCACCGCUCUUGCGACUGAGGGCAAGAUCGACCCCGUUAUUGGCAGAGAUGAGACUCUGCGCCGCGUCGUACGAGUGCUUAGCAGACGCACCAAGAACAAUGUCGCCUUGAUCGGAGAACCCGGGGUUGGAAAGACGGCGGUUGUCGAAGCCUUGGCGCAGAGGAUAGUCGACAACGACGUCCCUCCUUCGCUCACGGGACGUCUCUUGUCCUUGGACAUGGGUUCCCUCAUGGCUGGAGCCAAGUUCAAGGGAGAAUUCGAAGAGAGGGUCAAGUCAGUGCUGGAGGAGAUUGAGAAGGCUCAAGAGACCACGCCCGUCAUCUUGUUCAUCGACGAGAUGCAUCUCAUCAUGGCUGGUAGGGAAGGAGGAUCAAUGGACGCAGGCAACCUCGUCAAGCCAGCCCUCGCGCGCGGCAAGUUGCGCUGCAUUGGCGCUACCACGCUCAACGAGUACCGCACCAGCAUCGAAAAGGACUCGGCCCUCGAGCGUCGCUUCCAGACCGUCAUCGUUCAGGAACCUACGGUAGAGCAGACUGUCUCCAUCUUGCGUGGGAUCAAGGACAAGUAUCAGCAUCACCACGGAGUGCGCAUCACGGACCCAGCCCUCGUCUCGGCAGCCCGUCUCGCCAAGCGUCAUCUCACGGCACGCAAACUCCCUGACGCCGCCAUCGACUUGGUCGACGAGGCUUGCGCAGACACACGCGUGACCCGCGAGACGGUUCCUGCUCACAUCGACGACAUGCAACGACGCAAGAUCGAGUUGGAGGUGGCGGUGCACGCCCUUGAGCGAGAGGCAAAGAAGGAUGCAGCAAGCAAAGAGUCACUCGAUGCUGCUCGCAAGGAUCUCGCCUCCCUCGAAGAGAACCUCCAACCCGCCCUCGCAGAAUGGGAAGCCAAGCGUGCAAAGGGCGACGAGCUUGCAAACGCCAAGCGUCGUCUCGAUGAGCUUCGUAGCAAGGCGGAAGCAGCCGAGCGUCGUCGCGAUGUAGCGACGGCAGCUGAUCUCAAGUACGGGGCCAUCCCGGACUUGGAGAACCGCAUCGUCGCCCUCGAGGCAGAAGAGAAGGCGCGCGCAGAGAAGGAGGACAAUGCUGAGGGCACAGUUGGGCCGGAGCAGAUCGCGACCAUCGUCGCGCGUUGGACAGGCAUCCCGCUCACCAAGCUACAGGAGGGAGAAAAGGAGAAGCUCCUUCGCCUCGAGAAGCUGUUGAGCCGCGAAGUGGUUGGCCAACCAGAGGCAGUCAAGGCAGUUGCGGAUUCCAUCCGCCUUUCUCGCAGCGGCCUCGCCGAUCCUAACCGCCCGGUGUCAUUCCUCUUCGCUGGACCCAGCGGCACAGGCAAGACUCUGACCGCUAAGAGCCUGGCCAAGUUACUCUUCGAUGACGAGACGGCAAUGGUUCGCAUCGAUGCCAGCGAGUACAGCGAGAAGCACGCCGUCGCUCGACUGCUUGGCGCUCCCCCUGGUUAUGUAGGAUACGAGCAGGGCGGUACCCUCUCCGAGGCGGUCCGUCGCAAGCCCUUCUCGGUCAUCCUGGUCGACGAGCUAGAGAAGGCUGCUCGUGAGUUCGUCCAGCUCUGGCUCCAGAUCCUCGACGAUGGGCGAGCGACGGAUGGACAAGGCAGGACGGUCAGCUUCAAGGACACUCUUAUCGUCUUCACGUCCAACCUCGGAGCGCAGUUCGUCAACGACGACGCUUCGGAGACGCUGACGCCCAACACGAUCAACCUGGUCCAGGGUGCUCUUGCGGCUCACCUUCCUCCCGAAUUCAGGAAUCGCCUGUCGGCAACGGUCGUCUUCCAGAAGUUGACCCGCGCCAACAUCCAGAGCAUCGUAGACCAACGCGUGCGCGAGAUUACCGCGCGUCUACGGGCCAACGGUCGACGUAUCGCCAUCGAGCUCAGCGCUGAGGCUCGCACCUACCUGGGAGAGCGCGGCUACGAUCCAAGCAUGGGCGCCCGCCCACUUCAGCGUGUCAUUACAAACGAGGUCCUCUCCCCGCUCUCGAUCUUGCUGCUUCGUGGUGGAGUCAGGGACGGGGAGACGGCCAGGAUUGGGUACGAUGCGGCUAGCAAGAGGAUCGUCGUUGCGCCCAAUCAUGAGUUGGAGGCAAUUGGUGAGGAUGCAAUGGACACGGAUGAUAUGGAGGAUGACCAGAUUGAUGAGGAGCCCCUUGACUAGGGACGAGCGAGCGAAGCGGUAGGGAGGUCACGAG